GAGGGAAGGAAGGAAGAGAGAAAACUCAGAAGAGGAGAUGAGAAACAUGGAAUCCAGUGCCGCCGGUGGUGGCGGGGGAGACUUAUCAUCGAGCUUUCCUUCGUCGGUGGUUUCUGAGUGGAACUUUGCCGUAUCUCGACGGUACCAGUAUUUGCUGGACAAGUCGACCCCUCACGUCCUCAGGCGUUGGAUGGCGUUUGCCGUGAUCGCGUCCAUCUACGUCAUCCGUGUCUUUUUCCUUCAAGGAUUCUACAUCGUCUCAUACGGCCUCGGCAUUUAUAUCCUCAACCUCCUUAUUGCCUUCCUCUCACCUCAGGUUGACCCCGAGAUCGAAGACCUCUCCGAUGGCCCUACCCUUCCCACCAGAGGCUCCGAAGAGUUUCGCCCUUUUGUUCGCCGCCUUCCCGAGUUCAAGUUCUGGUAUUCGAUCACAAAAGCCUUCUGUAUUGCUUUUGUGAUGACAUUUUUCAUUGUGUUUGAUGUGCCCGUGUUUUGGCCGGUACUACUCUUCUACUGGUUGAUGCUGUUCACGCUCACGAUGAAGAAACAGAUACUGCACAUGGUCAAAUACAAAUACGUUCCCUUCACAUGUGGCAAACAGCGCUACACUGGAAAGAAAGUAGUUUCAACUGACGAUGCAAGCCUUUCUAGAGAUUGAAACUUAUGGUGGGUUGAACAAUUGAAUAUGGAUAGUUGACGAUGCAAAGUUUAUCACUUUGUUAUUUAUGUACUUUUUCUUCUAACAGCUGGAGCUUUCUUCGGGAGUCGUAGGAGCAAGGGCUGCGUGAAAAUCUAUUUUUUUUUUCACUGCAUUUGAAAUUUGCCCGAUGUUCAUCGGGCAAGCACUGAAAGCCUGUAGCCGAAGAAGAUGCAGGCAGUGGGAGAUGGAGGUGUUCGUUCUUAUAUGCUCUUUUAUUUGUUUAGCUGCAAAAGAUUUUGUUUUGCACUGC